GGUUAUAAUGAGGUUACUACUUUUAGGCUGCGUUUUCGUGCUUUCCGUGGCGUGUGCAGGUGCGCAAGACUGCAACGUCCAUCAAUUUACCAUGUUCAAUCAAUCGAACCCUGGCCCUCCUUGUUUAAAAGACCCAUGUGCUGCCGACAGCGAAGAUGUGGCCUUGGAAAAUUGCACCCUAUACGUUCAUUGCAUGUUGUACGACAAUGCAUGUUAUGCUAAAUAUAAACCAGCACAAGAAUACUCUGACUUGACUGGAAUAUUGGAAGUGAUCUUAAGCCUCGGCAACGGAACUACAACCACCUCAACAAACACUGGUGAUGGAGACGCCAGGCUUUACCCAAUAGGUGGUACAGGCGGUUUACCAAAUACUGGCUUGCCCGGGGGCUUAGGUAGUUUACCUGGUGGUCUCGGUAGCUUUCCCGGCGCUAGUCAGUCUUUCCCAAUUUGUACACCACCGGCAGUUUCGCCGGGUAUUGGAGGUUUGCCUGGCCUUGGCGGACUCGGUGGACUAGGCGGUCUUGGUGGAGUUGGUGGGCUACCCGGUAUGGGUGGAGUUGGAGGAAUCGGUGGGAUUGGCGGAAUCGGUGGAAUUGGCGGAAUCGGCGGGAUUGGCGGAAUCGGUGGGAUUGGCGGAAUCGGUGGGAUUGGAUGUCCUUCUUCUUUUCCGGCAACAUGCAAUAUUAAUGCUCAAUAUCCAAGUUUGCUUCUACCUUUGUUAGAGGCACCAGUCAAUAUCCCAUAUUGCUUAAGAAUACCAUGCUCCACAAGCAAUCCAUGCCUUGAAAGAAAUAGAAACGCUUGUCUCAACGUCCCUGGGUGUUAUUUCGACAUGGGUCUUCUUAAUCUACGACAACGUUAUGGCAAUACCAUUAUGCCCGGUGUACCUGUAUGCCAUCUUGCAGUCAGAAACAAGAAGUUUCAUCAAUUGGUUGGCAACUACGUUCAAACGAGUGGACGACAGUGGAAUGGCAUUUACACUCAAUGUUUUCUUAACGAAAAUCGAAACGAAAUAUACGCUCCAUCACCCGGCUGCUAUCAAAUCAACGUUCUGAAGUACAUGGGAGUUCACCCUCAGGUUGCAGCUUCUUGGCCAGGUAUGACAAACAACGAUUGCUACCUGAUCGACGGUUGUCCAAUCAAUGGAGUGUGUUACCGACCUGGUCAGCUCACAAGAGUCCAAGUAAGAUCUGGAGAAGACGCAGCUCGUAAUAAUGCCCAAACUGGUUACAACUACUUCGGUCAACCGAUGUGUCUUAACUACAAUCCAACAACACCACAAGAACACUUGGACGGUUAUCAUCAAUGCAGGCAAGCUGGUUGUGUGGUUGACCCAUCAAUUACUACGAACACGCUGAAGCAACAGCUUUACCAGAUUGCAUUAACUUUACCUAUUCACCAACAAAUACCUUUCUGGCGUGGUGUGUUGAAUAACCAAAUAAGAGCCGAUAACUACAAGCAACACAUGAAUCCAAGCGGAGCUUGUCUGAACAAUGUACAAUCUCCAAACAUCGCACCAUUUUCACUCAAUGUGGGCAAGCGGAGAAAGAGGAAUAUCUUCCAAAACCUUGCUGGUUCGCUUACUGGUUUGGGUGGUUUGACUAGCGGCCUUCCAUCUUCGUUUUUCCCUGGAACUACACCACAGUGCCCGUACCAAAGUUAUCAGGGCUUUUUAAAAGGAAGCAUUGCCGGAUGCUGUCAACGAAACUAUUGCUACACCCCCAGGUCAAGCAUCUUAAGGUCGGCUUCAGGAGUUGCCGCUUAUCAGGCUGAGUGGGGAGAAUACAGCGCGUGUACUGCCAGUUGUGGUGGUGGGACACGGAAGAGAAGCAGACCAUGUGUGACCUACAGACACAACGACACUUGCGUACAAGGAGUGGCUGAAGAAACCCACCGAUGCAAUGUAGAUGCUUGUCCUCAGUUUGGAAACUGGGGAGGGUAUGGUAGUUGCUCUCUUACUUGUGGAGGUGGAACACAAACCAGAACCCGACCUUGCUUACCUGAAGGUAGCACCUGUCCAGAUGACGCUCAAGGAGGAGCUUCUCAAUCACGACCUUGCAACCAAAUUGCAUGCCCAACCUAUUCUGCUUGGAGUGACUUUGGAGACUGUAGUGUUGCAUGUGGCGUUGGAGAGAAAACACGGACAAGAACAUGUACAUCACCACCUGGAGCCGCACCAUGUAGCGCAGCGUCUUUGAUUUCCACAGAAUCGUGCGCCGUUAGUUGUGGGACAUGCCAGGAAACGGAAGGCCCGUGUCAAAGAUUCAACGCAUGUUACAAGGAGAUUACAAUGCAAUGUGUGCCAGAUGCAAAUGGAGGAGCUUAUUGUCCUAACUGUCCCAACCGUGUAUCUAAAAGACGUUGCGUUCCAACUGAUGGAAGCCUCAAUGCCGCUUACUGCGGUUACUGCAAUUGGCCACAAGUUACUUGUCUUCCUUUAACCCCAUAAACACCUUCUUUGCUUUUCAUACGUUUUCUGACCGUGUAGAUUGAAAGGUAGUUACUCUUAAAUUUUUACUUGAGAAAAUAAAACAAUGUAAUAUGCAAA